AUGGAGGCGGGGAGCUCCCAAGACUGCCUGCUUCUGCGGCCGCAGAAGCAGCGACAACGACAGCAGCAGCAAACAGCAGCAGCAACAACAGCAGCAACACAAACAGCAGCAGGAGCAACAGCACGGAGAAUACGAGCUGCAGGCGCAGUUGGAACACCAGCGCAGUGUGAUGCUCCAAGCAGCAUUCAGGGCCUCUCGGGGGGCUUUGCCGCGCGAUGCACAGCAGCAGAAACAGCAGCAGCAGCAGCAGCAGCAGGACUUGAUGAAUUAGUGCCUGCUGCAGCAGCGAAAGGCAGUGCUGCAGCUUCGUUGCCCGCAGCUGCAGCUGCAGUAGCAGCACGGCCUCGUAACGGGGCCUGUCUAUACAGAAUGGUGGCACUGCAGCAGCCGGUGCUGCUGCUGCGCACAUUAUUUGCCAGCAGCAGCAGCAUCAGCAGCUCGAAGCUCAGCAGUUGCUGCCACAGCAGCAGCAACAGGAGGCUGCUAUUCCCGGGAGCAGCACAGCGCGCCUCACGGAGGCGCUGCUGCUGCAGCAGCAUCUCUUCUACCAUUGGUGCAGCUUUUGCUGCAGCGCAGAGGGGCCUCCUAGCUGCUGCAGCAGCUGCAGCAGUUGCAGCAGCUCCUGCAGCAGCUGCAGCACCUAAAGGAGGCAGCGGAAGCAGCAGUCAGCACUGCGACGGCGGCAGCUGCAGUCUUAGCCCUCCAAGAAGGCGCCUUUACAGCAGCAAGUGCUUCUCAGUAAACCUCCAGCAGCAGCAGCAGCAGCAGCAGAAGCAGCAGCAGCAGCAAGGGGCUUUAUGGUGGGAAGACGAAGACGCGGAAAACCGGCAGUUUAUAUCUGCUGCAACUCCGCCGUAUUUGAGUGCGCAGCAGCAGCAACAGCAGCAGCAGCGGCAACAACGUGAGCAGCAACAGCAGCAGCAGCAGCAGCAGGGCCAGCAGUGCACACAGCAGCCAAAUACUCUCCAAGUUGGAACCUCAUCAGCUUCUUGCUUCGCAACAGAAGCUUUUGCUGCUGUUGCGCCGCCGGCAGCAGCAGCCGCAGCUAGCCCACCGACAGCAGCAGCAGCUACAGCAGCUACAGCAGCAGCAGCAGCAGCAGCGGGGCAUGUGCCGCUGCUGCUAAGGACUGUGCCCCUAACUGCAGCAGAACGCAAAGAGCUGCUGCGCCUGUGGCGCCAGCUGGCCGGGGGGGGGCCCCUAAAGGCCCCCGAGGGGGGCCCCGUGGGGCCCCCCUUUGCUGCUUUUCUCGAGGCCAGGUGGGGCCUCCCGGUGGCUUUGCUGUCAGCAGCACAGACACAAAGGGCCUUUUUUCGCUGGCUGGACGCUGCGUUGCUGCAGCACCAGCAGCAGCUGCAGCAGCUGCAGCAGCAGCAGCAGCAGGAGCAGCAGGAACUUCAAGGCCCUGGCAGCAGCUUGGAAGCGCUGCAGGCGCAGGCCUUCACGGAUUUGCUUCUCGCGCUGCGGGCGGAGUUCGACCUGCAAGCAGCAGCAGCAAGACAGACGCAGCAGAAGCCGCAGCAGCAGCUGCAGCUGCUGCUGCAGCGGUGGACAGGCGGCAGCAGCGCCGCUGCUGACGGGGAGCUGCUCAGCAGCACUUAUGCACUGCUGCUUGAGGUGUGCGCUGCAGCAGGAGUGACUCCAGGGGCCCCUGGGGGCCCUUUGAGGGGCCCCGAGGCUUCUCCUUUGGCUCAUGCUGCUGCAGGCCCCAUGCUGGCCCUUUACCGCCUUUACCUCGCAAGAGAAGGACUUGCUGCUGCUGUUGCGUACAAGAACGUCCUGAAACUCGCGACUGUGGAAAGGCAGCUGCAGCAGCAACAGCAGCAACAGCAGCAACAGCAGCAACAUGGAACGUACGUCUCUUGCAGAAGCUACAAAACCUUAGCAUCAGCAGCAAAAGCAGCAAGUCCUGCAGCAGCAGGCCCAACUGCCGCUACUACCGCUGCUGCCGCUGCUGCAGCUGCGACUCUGCAGCGCAGCCGCGGCCCCAAGAGGAGCCCGGGGGUCCCCGGGGCCCCGGACCCCUGGGGCACCCCUCCAGGGGCCCUCCGGGGCCCCCCGGGGGGCCCCUGGGGGGCCCCUGAGGGGCCCCUAAGGGCCCUCCGGGGGGCCCCAGGGAGGCCCCUGGGGGGCCUCUGA